AUGGCCAACUACAAUGGGCGUCGCAUGCCUAACUUCUCGCAAUAUCUCGAUGACUUGAACGCAAUUCCCUCGCCGUACGACCAGGCCCAACAGCAGCAACAGCAGCAGACUACCUUCAACGAUGAGGACCUAGCUCUGUUCACCAAUACCGAGUUCUUCGAGUUCGACAAAUUCACCGACUUUGGCGGUCUGCCUUCAUUCUCGCCAGAAGACGACAAGACACACGAGGCCGUCUCAGAUCAAUCCGCGCAAAAUGCGGAUCUGAAGUUCUUGGAUUUCCUGAAUGCAGAGGGUCUCAAUGGCAUGUCCGAUUACCAGCCCGACCUGACCGGCUCCAAUGUCCAGGUGCCCAUGCACAAUGCCCACUUUUCGGCGGUUCCGUCCGCUCCUAGUGGGCCCGUGGCUGCAAACCAGGCACCCAUCCAGCCUGCGCCGAUCAACACCGCCUUGAAGGUCGCCCCGGCUCCAUCCUCUGUUUCUAUGUCGCCUUCCACUCCGGUUACCGGCACCAAGCGCAAGAACUCGGCAAACUCAACCCAGGAGAGCGCCGAGGAGGCUGGUCGUCACAUGGCUGAGGAGGAUAAGCGCCGCCGUAACACCGCCGCUAGUGCUCGCUUCCGUGUGAAGAAGAAGCAGCGUGAGGCUGCUCUUGAGCAGACCGUCAAGGAGACCACCGACAAGAACGACAUUCUUGAGGCUCGCGUGUCUCAGCUCGAGCUGGAGAACCACUGGCUCCGUGGUCUGAUCAUGGAGAAGAACGGUGCAGACGAACAGUCUGAGCAAGACAUCUCGGAUAUGUUCAAGAAGUUCUUGGCCUCACAGAAGGCUGAUGGUUCAAGUAUUUCCGACCUGAAGCGCGGUGUGGGCACUAUUGUAUAA